CCACCGAAAACGGGGGUUGGGUCAAAGGACAAGGUAAAUCGCCUGAAACUGUUACUACAACUGUGAUAGUCACGGUUGAACCAACUCGAGGAACCCCUUCAGAGUCGACCCCGACCCGUACUACUAUAACAACACAAACUCCAACUACAUCGACUUCAACAACAGCAACAACACCAGGUACCCCUACCGUUACUACGACUCAGCCAACUACGACUUUCACUACUACAACAUCAACUCGUUCAGGAGGUUCAGGAAGUCCGACAAACGCUCCAUUACCAACAUCAACAUCGGGUGCAUCUAUUACUUGUUUAGAUGGAAGUCUUAGAGCUGUGAUUUAUCUCGCAGCCUUUGCCGUGGUUUGGAUUUAA